AUGAAGUAAAUUUAAAGUUAAAUUAACCAUUAACUAAUUGGAAGAAUUCCGAAUCAAUUGAGUAUAUGUAGUUAAAUAUUAAGGUAGUUCAUAUAGAAAAAUGAAUGAUCAAAUACUUGUAUAUAAAAAUAGAAUUCAAGUCACCAAAGAUAAUAAUUAAUUUGACUUAAAAAUACUUACUCCAGGAUAUUUAAAGAACAAUAAAUAUCAAUAUAUGUUUAAUUGGAAAAUCAAUUUUAUUGAAAGUCAGAUUUGCUAAUUUUCAAGGGAAGAGUUUUAUUAAAUUUAUUUGUACAAUUGUUUCCUUUUAGGAGAUUGUUAUAAAGCAAAUAGUUUAUCAUAUAUAUAAUAAAAAUAUCGUCCUUUUGAUUCAUAUUUUGAUUAUAAAAAUGAGAAUAGGAAUAAUAUUCUUUUAUAUGGUGAAAACAUGAAUGAAUUUAAUAAAUUUAAGCUAUAGAAUUCAGCUCAAAAUGAUUUUUCAGAUUUUAAUCGAAUAUAUGUAAAUAAGAAAAAUCCAUUUGUAUCCUUUUCAGUAUAUGAUAUUAUAAAUAGCAAUGAUAAGGCAAUUUCUUUUUUUUAGAGAUUAGUACAAUAAUAAGCAUUUUAAAAUAUAGAAGAAGCACUAAAAUAUUAUGGUGUUAGUUCGAAUGAGAUUGAAGGAUUGAAUGUUCAUGAAUUAUUUCAUUCAGAAAAACUAACUCUAGGAAAUGUAUAAUCAUUUAGAUAAAAUUACUAAAAUUUUCAUGAAUAUAUAGCUCUUAGUGCUUAUACUUUACAUGUUAAUUAGUUUCAUAGAAAUGUACCAAAUAUGGCUUUUAGUACAAAUGAAUGCGAAUAAUGUAACUCAUCAAACCCAAAAGAAUAUUGUUCUUGUUUGAAACCUAUUCAGCCUUUAAAGUAACCAUAAUUAAUUCCAAUUUAAUAUUUAUAGGAAUACCCUUUAGAUUAUUAAACAUAUGAUAUUAUAUGCAUUCUUUAUCAUUCAUUAAUUUGUUAAUUAAAGAUUUGGAGUCAUUAAGACUCUGUUGAAAACAUAUUAAAUUAUUAAGUUGCUGAGGAAGCUCUAGUGACCUCUUCAUCCAAUUAUAAAAGAAACUAUGAAAAUUUAGAAUUAUUGGGUGAUUCUGUUCUUAAAUAUGUAGUAACAGUAGAUAUUUUCAAGCAUUAUGAAUUAUUAGAUGAAGGAGAAAUGACAACUUUACGAAGUCGAUUAAUUAUGAAUACAUAUUUAGCAUAAUUAUUUGAAUAGUUAGGUCUAGAACAUUAUAUAAUAAAUUAAGAUUUGCAUUUUAAACAAAUUCGCAAUCCAUUAAUCAACGAUGUCAUAUCUAGUGAAAAUAAAUAAUUGUAAAUUAGUUAGAAAGCUGAUAUUUAUGAGGCUAUAAUUGGUGGAGUGUUCGAUACUACUCAAAGUCUUUAUGAAUAUAUUAAAAUUUUGAUAAGAACCAAUUUUCCAAUCUCUUAAUAUUAGGAUAUUCUACUUGAUUUUUAACCAAUUACAGAUUCAAUUCAGCCAAUCCAUAUUAAAGAUUAUUAAUUUAAUAAUCCUUAAUUAUAUGAAAUUGCUAUUAAUCCAUCAUAAUAUGAUAGAUUAGAGUUUUUAGGUGAUGCUGCUAUUGAAUUAUUGGUUAUAUCUUAUGUCUUUAGACUAGCAAGAUAAAAACAAUUGAAAAAUCCUAAUUGGACUUUAAAUCCUGGAUUAUUGUCAAAUUGGAAAUAAUAUUUGUUGGCAAAUAAAUUUAUGGGAGAAUAAACUAUUAAAAUGGGUUUAAAGCCUCAUGUUGAUGAUAUACCAAAAUUAUAUGGUGAUAUUUUUGAAAGCGUUGCUGCUGCCAUUCUUCUUGAUAGUGGAUGGAAAGGAUUAAAUUAAGUUUAUGGUUCUCUGUAUAAAACCUAUAUGGAUUAAAUUAAUGAAUAAUGA